ACCUGUCCGAGUCGGCGUGCUUACUCACGCUCCAAACCUUAUCUGACAGUGUCCUGUCUUUGCCUCGAGUGCUUCGACCCAUUAGUAUGCAUGUUCUUGGAUCACCCCACGACACAGGGAGUCGGGAGCGAUAGGAGCGACAGACCUGCAUUAUCUUUAGACUUGAUCUAACCAUCGUUGCACGCAGAGAGGAGGAUACAGGCGGUGGGGGCCCAUCUGCAUCAACGAGAGACAUCGUCUCUCUGUAACUCAAUUAAUACGACGGUCCAUGUGGUGGGCUGCACGUCCACGUGAUGAACGCGUCCCACGCAAUGGUGCGCACGCGGCUGCUGCCUUGACUCAUCGGGUCGGUCUAAGGCCGAGGUCCGCUAUCAGUCCUCAAGCUCAAGUUUAAGCUAUCCGACCUCCUUCGCCGCUUUCUUUGCUUAACCAUGUCUCAGACAGAAGAUCCCCAACAAGAGUACUCUAUGUCUGGCCCACUUCUGGUUUCAAAACUGGAAGAAGCCGGCAUACACGCUAACGAUAUCAAGAAACUUGCAGACGCUGGCCUCAAUACUGUUGAAGCCGUAGCAUUCACACCAAAGAAGAACUUACUCGCCAUCAAAGGCAUCUCAGAAGCCAAGGCCGACAAGAUCCUUACCGAAGCACAUAAAAUUGUUCCCCUUGGAUUUCAGAGUGCUACGGAAGUUCAUGCGCGCCGCUCUGAGCUUGUUCACAUCACUACUGGUUCGAAGCAACUCGACGCAUUGCUAGGAGGUGGCAUGGAGACAGGUGCCAUCACAGAAUUGUUUGGCGAAUUUAGAACCGGAAAGUCUCAGUUGUGCCACACGCUCUCGGUGACGUGUCAACUACCCGUUAGUAUGGGUGGCGGGGAAGGCAAAUGCUUGUAUAUCGAUACCGAGGGCACCUUCCGGCCUGCCCGACUACUUGCCGUUGCAGAGAGGUAUGGCCUCAAUGGGGAGGAAGUUCUUGAUAACGUUGCAUAUGCGCGAGCCUACAACGCAGACCACCAAAAUAGCCUGUUAAUAAGUGCGAGUGCUCUCAUGGCAGAGUCGAGGUUUUGCCUCCUCAUCGUGGAUUCGUGCACUGCUUUAUACCGAACAGAUUUUAGUGGCCGGAGCGAGCUAUCUGCCCGUCAGAAUCACCUGGGAAAGUUCCUACGCACUCUUCAGCGUUUGGCGGACGAGUUUGGCGUCGCUGUUGUCGUGACGAAUCAGGUCAUGUCUAACCCGGACGCAUCUGCUGGCCCAAAACCCAUAGGCGGGAAUAUAAUGGCCCAUGCCACUACUACACGCUUGCAGCUUAAGAAAGGCCGCGGAAACACGCGAAUAUGUAAAAUAUAUGAUUCACCGUGCCUUCCUGAGAUGGAGACACAAUUUGCUAUUCUUCCUAGUGGUAUCGGAGACCCCGAAGAGGAAUCGUGACGACUCUUGAUUAUUCCAUUUGUCUCGUAGAUAUGAUCGAUGCCCUGCCUUCGCACUAGCACUGUUUUCCUGUAAGUUCCACGAUGAAUGU